CUUGAAACUUGCGCAGCACCACCUUUGCCGUUGACUGACCAGGAUCUGCCAGCCAUAUCUGCGCUAACCCAUAAGUAGUGACAUCCCCCUCCACAUACCUUCUUUGCCCUCUAUGUAUUUGCGUUAUGUUUGCCAUUUCUCUCUCUUCUCCGGGUCCCUGUCACUUCUACAAUCCUGCAAUGCUCGGCCCGUGCUGACCCUGUACCUGUGGGACGUUCCUUCAACUCUCUCAUAUCCACCCAACACCGAUCCAGCCUCCAGGCCUACUCCGGGUCUUGACCCCGUAUAGAUAUCGAGCGAUUCCGGCGCGAGCGGCCUGCGGGGUGUCUGCUGAAGUUCUUUCUACAUACGUCUUCGAGCGCUCUACUUCACUCCAACGGUCUCAACCCGAACCAGUCCUCAUUACCAUUUGCAUCGCAUCUCUGCUCAAUCGCCCUCGUCAACGAACCUCUCCAUCGACCGCUUCAACAAAUUGUAUACCAUUCCGUCCAAUCGUACCUGCGACGCCUCACCUAUAUCGACUUUGCUACUUUGGAUAGCUUCAUUCAACGCCAGGCUUCCCUGCACUUGGUCGCUCAACCCUGUCUCUUCUCCCUUCGCAUACAAGCUUCUGGCUUGCCAAAUUAGCCCAUUAUGGACCACAGUUCGAUGGCCAGCUCAACGGACUGCAAGAUGUCGAUGUUGUGGAACUGGUAUACCAUUGACGCAUGUUUCCUCGCGUCUUCAUGGCAGAUCAAGAACGCCGGCAUGUUCGCCGCUAGCUGCAUCGGUGUCGGUCUGCUCACCGUCUGCCUCGAAGUAUUCCGACGACUCGGAAAAGAAUACGACGCCCUCAUCCAGCGCCAAUUCCAAGCCCGUGCCGCCGAAUUACAGGCUCGUAUACCCAAGGAGACGGACUGCUGCGAACCUCCCGCCGUUGUCGCUCCUCAGACGCUUGUCUUUCGUGCAUCGCCGCUCCAGCAGCUUAUCCGAUCUGUAAUUCACGCCGCGACUUUUGGAUUGGCAUACAUCGUCAUGCUGCUGGCCAUGUACUACAAUGGCUACCUCAUCAUUUCCAUCAUAAUUGGCGCUGGCUUGGGCAAAUUCCUUUGCGACUGGCUUGUUGUUCGUGUCACUCUAGAGGCUCUCGCACCAGCAGCUCCCAAUAACAUUGUUGGAAUUGAGGAGCCAAGUGUCUGCUGCGGUUGAGAGGAUGGUGACCCAGUUGAAUUAGCAUUCUGAUUUUACAACGAGCGUUUGGAAAAGCGUCUUAUGACGGGGCGUUGGUGGUGCAGUAUGUCUGCUAUUUGUCGCAUGAGGUUCAAUCUUCCUCGGUCUGGUAGCAAUUUGCAAGGUGCCCAAUCUUCGUGCACAUAAUGAAUAAAUACCCC